CUUCGGUCUCCCGCGCCACCCCCGCGAUGGGCUCCGAGGCAGCUCAGCUGCUGGAGGCUGCAGACUUCGCCGCUCAGAAACACCGACAGCAGCGACGGAAAGAUCCCGAAGGGACUCCCUACAUCAACCACCCUAUCGGUGUGGCCCGGAUCCUAACCCAUGAGGCGGGAAUCACAGACAUUGUGGUGUUACAGGCGGCCCUGCUCCACGACACAGUAGAAGACACAGACACUACCCUGGAUGAGGUGGAGCUGCACUUUGGAGCACAGGUUCGGGGCUUGGUGGAGGAAGUAACAGAUGACAAGACUCUGUCCAAACUGGAAAGAAAACGGCAGCAGGUGGAGCAGGCACCCCACAGCAGCCCAGGGGCCAAGCUGGUGAAGCUGGCAGACAAACUGUACAAUUUGAGGGACCUGAAUCGCUGCACCCCUCAAGGAUGGUCGGAACAUCGAGUCCAGGAGUACUUCGAGUGGGCAGCUCAGGUGGUGAAGGGACUUCAAGGAACGAACCAGCAACUGGAAGAGGCACUGAAGCAGCUGUUCGAAGAGCGGGGGCUGACUCUUUGAGCCGUGCUAGGCCCAGGCAAGAUGGGAUUCUUCCUGCAGCAGUUCAGAGCCUCCCCGGCUCUCACAUUCCCUCCCUCAGCUCAUGCAUUACAGGCUAAAAACGUCUGCGUUUUUUACUCAGCCAAGCCCCCAGUAUGGGAAUGAGAUAUACCCAUCCAUCCAGCCUUUCCUCAAGACUUGGGUCUGUUUGCUGUGUUUCAUGGUGGGACCUCUGGCCCUUCGGGGACUUAAGAUUGUGUGAGAUUUGGUUUAUAAGCCAUGGAAAAUAAAGCACUUAGGGUAAAGUGUAAA